AUGGAGGAGGUGAUGGAGGAGGUGAUGGAGGAGGUGAUGGAGGAGGUGAUGGAGGAGGUGAUGGUGGAGGUGAUGGAGGAGGAGAUGGAGGAAGUGAUGGAGGAAGUGAUGGAGGAGGUGACGGAGGAGGUGAUGGAGGAGGUGACGGAGGAGGUGACGGAGGAGGUGAUGGAGGAGGAGAUGGAGGAGGUGAUGGAGGAGGUGAUGGAGGAGGAGAUGGAGGAGGUGAUGGAGGAGGUGAUGGAGGAGGUGACGGAGGAGGUGAUGGAGGAGGUGAUGGAGGAAGUGAUGGAGGAGGUGAUGGAGGAGGUGAUGGAGGAGGUGACGGAGGAGGUGAUGGAGGAGGUGCUGGAGGAAGUGAUGGAGGAGGUGCUGGAGUAG